AUGGAUGCCGAUGGCGAUGCGAUAGACAUCGAUUAUAUUUAUGACAACGAUGCUGGCAUAUUCAGCAUCGCCCAUGACCGCCACAGUGAGGAUGAUGACGCCCUCACUGGUGAAGACAACGUUCGUUCAGCAGUGCACACGAUGCGCACUGCUGUUGAAAAGGAUGAAUCAGCAGAGGGAUUUCUGCUGACUCGCGAAGCGGUUGUCCACUUCGUUCAAGACUUUAAUGCAGAUGCACUAGACAGACAGAAGAGAAACGCAGUCAAACAUGGAAGAGCAAAUGUUCUUUCAUUUGAUGUAGGAGACCUAGUUUUACUGUCUACAGUAAACUUGCCGAAACACGCAGUGACAAACGUGGGCAGCAGUAAAUUACUGCCCAGGUACAUCGGUCCAUUUCGUGUGUUGCGCCGAAUCGGCCACGCAUACACGAUUGACCUGCACCGUAAGAUGCGUACGCAUCCUACGGUUUACGUCGGUCUUCUCCGCCCAAACUAUCAGUACGGGCCGGUUUCGAGAUGCAAAGAACACCUCCGCGUUCGAGAGCCGAGACCACCUUCGAGUGAUCCCGUUUCAACGAGCCAGUCUGGUCGACUAGUGAAGCGACCUGUUCACGCAUUUGAACGAUGUCUCGACGAGCUAAAGCCAGCUCGUCACGAAGAGAACGAGUCGAACGUUCGUUCUCAAGUUGCUCGAACGCAAAAGCGGCACAAUCGUCCGAACGAUCGUGCGUUAGGAAAUUGUAAUUAUCCCUUACAAGAUCCUCAAGCUCAUAACUCCAAGUCCGUUCGUGAGCCAGGUCAUCUUGCAACUAUUCCGUCACACGGUUCAGCUUUUGAACAUCAAGCGGAUCGGGCCCUCGAGCCGGAUCAGGUAUUCCCGUCGCCACCACAUCCUUUAGUGGACUCAAGCGGUGGUCAACGCUUUUUAAUGGAGCGUAUCGUGAACCAACGCGAUGUGAAUGGCGUCCGGAUGAGUUACCUCUUCCGCUGGCGUGGCUAUCCACGGGCGUGGGACAGCUGGGAGCCUCGUGCCCAGCUGAUUGUUGAUGUCCAUGGUCUCGUCGAGAGCUACGACGAGACCAACCCGCUGCGUUUGAAGAAGUGCCGUUGGAAAACGACCUCCCCGAACGCGAGUACAGAGAUUGCAAAGUUUCAAUCCCUUCGGUCAUCUCGGAAGAGAUGCGCGCCGUCCAGUAGGGAUCAUUAG